UACCAAUUUAAUUGAGCUCUACUAAAGUGAUUGUUUGAUAGACUUAAAAUUUAAGAUAUUAUGUGAAAGGGGUUUAUAAGUUGUGGGCAUGGGGAGUGUUAAAAGAAAGGAGUUUGGGAGUGACAAAUGGCGGACCACAUUCCCAUUCACAUUCCCUCCAUUGCAAAUUGCAAAUUCCAAUGCUUCAUAAACCCUAAAUAAUCGUACAUUUAAUUUAUUCUUCUUUUUCUUCUUAUUAUUCUCUUCAAUUUUUCACAAAUGUCUUCUUCUUCUUCACUGUCAAUUUUCUCUCAUCCUCUGUUUUCAGCUCUUCUCUCUUUCUUCACUCUCAUUCUCCUCUUCUUCCCUCCUUUUCUCUGGACUUCCCUCCUCUCUCCGGCGCUUGUCCUCGCCGGAUUUCUCUUUCUCUCCCUCCUCCGCCUCGGUGCAACUCAACGUCAACGCCAGCGCCAACACCAACCCAUCACCAUCACCAACCCCCAACCCAUCAAAUUUACUCAACCACCAGAACACUGUACUGGUUGUUCUCCCAUUUCUUCCUGCUUCGAGGAAUCUUUCGUACAAUGGAAUGUCAGAGCGCCGUUGGAGGUUAUUUACGAAGACUACGAGGAAGAAGAUGAAGAAGAAGAAGAAGAAGAAGAAAAAGAAGAAGGUGAAGUUGAAGUUGAUGAGGAUAAGGAUAAGGAUGAUGGGACGGUACUACACAUGAGAUUAAAUUCAAUGGAGAGGUAUCCUUCUCUGUCGCUGUAUUAUCCGGAAACGGACUCCGAUAGCUGGUCCGGGGCGGAAGAUGAGAUGGAGAAUGUAUGUUUUAUGUGGGAUGAUGAAGAUAGGGAUGAACUCAUCGAGAUUGCUUUGGAUAAGAAGAGAGUAUCAUCGGAGUUUUUUCAGUUGGAGGAGGAGAAUUUGAUCGAGAUUGAUAUUUCUCCAACCGCUUUCCCAAUGUUUAUUUAAAUAUGUAUACACAAUAAGGUUUUUUUUUUUUUCUUUUUCAUUUUCCGAUGCUGUUCAUCAAUUCAUGUGUUGCAUCAUAUCACAUAUAUAAUCCCUAUUCAAUUUGUGUUUCCAAUUUGGAUACUAAAGGAAUUGUUUCUAUAUAAAUAUGUGCAUACUUAGCUUGUUGGA